UCAAUAUUUUCAAAGUGUUACAGCACUUUGUGCAAAGUAAAACUCUUGUGAAUUUUCUAACAAAUAUUUAAUAAACUAAUUAUGUCGGUAGUAACAUUUGAAAAACCGAUUCAACACAUUAGUCUGUCUGACUGGCAUGCUAAACAGUGGCAAAAUCAACAGACUAACGACACCCGAAGAGCAGACGCUUUCAACCUAAGACAUGAAUCACGACAACUACGAAAUGAAACCAAAAUUCGUACAGAAUGGGACACUUAUCACAAUAACGUACGUUUGGCAGAUCGUAUAACAGAAUUAGAUAGAUGGAGGGAUGCAUUAAGAUCAUGCUUGGAGAGAGUGGAUAAAGAAAUAGCGGCUUUGAAAGACGAAAAGUUUUCCACCGAACGCGAACUAGAUGCUUUGGGAAUUCCGUUAAAUGUAGUAGCAGAAUGUAUUUCAAUGAGGGACAAUAGGCAAGGGGCAGAACUGACCUACGAUGAUGGAGAUACUGAGUUAAAAAGGGAACUUUGCGUGGUUGAAAGUGUAAAGAAGCUUUUAGUAGAACGUUGUCAAGCAGCUUGGGAAAAACUUAACAAACUGGAAGAAGUUCGCUUCAGGUUAAACUUAGAAGUGAACGACAAGACUGAAGCUAUUGAGAUCGAUAAGGAUCAGUUAACAUUGGACAAAAAUUGUGCAAAUAUAAGCUAUAAAACUGAUCCACUAAGAAUUGUCAAAAAUUCAAUUCCGUAUGAAGCGUGGUUAGAACAUUCAAAACAUGUUAAAGAAUUAGCUGACAACGAAUUGGCGGACACGCAUAAAUUGCGUGAAGCUUUGUUUGUGGUUAGGGAAAGAGCUCGCAAUGAUUUGAGGGCUCAGAGGGACCGAGCAGACUUCACUUUGAGAAAAAGAAUCUAUGAGACCCAGAAAGCUCGUAAUGAAUUAGAUUGGCAACAGUUUAAAAUGAGGGAAGAAAUGGAAAAGCUUCUUAAAGAAAUUAAAACUUUGGAAGAUGCUUUGUUAGCAAAAACUGAUGGGUUGAAAUUAUGCGAAACUCGUCUAGAGAACAGAGCGUACAGACCUGGUUUUGAAUUAGCGAGAGAUGAAGCUGAAUCGGGAUUAAAGAAUGAAGUAACACAGUUAAGACAAACUAGAAAUGAUUUGAUAAAUAAAAUAAAUUGCGCUAAAGCGACGUAUAACGCUUUAGAGAAUCAACAGGUUAUAAUUGAUACAGAUCUCGCAAACAAGAGUCAUUCUCUAAUGACGGACAUAAGAUGCCUAGACAUGAGAAUUCGAUUAAGAACUGGCGAAUUCGCUGGUCCUGCUACAGACACCGACAGAAACAUUCAGUUAACAAGAAUGGAACAAGAAAUCCCCCCAACAUAAAUAACGAGUACUUUAUGUGUAGUUCAAAAUUCUAGUCUGAUCAAGUAGUGAGUCGUUGUGUUCAUAUGUUUUAACUAUACACAAUAAAUUGAUAGACUGGUUUCA